GCCGUGAAUUCCUUACGGACAACUUGAGAGCCCCCAUGUAUAAAGUUGUUCCUCUUUGGUCGCCAUUGUCAAACCAGUAACAGUCUCUCACACUCGAACCAGAAAACUGAGACUUACUCUUUCAACCAUGUACAGUCUCCGGACACACCUCCUCCCAACUCUGCUACCCACCUCCCUCCUCCUCCUCCUCCUCCUCCUCUUCCUCCCCCUCGACCUCCUCACCACCACCACCACCACCAUCAAAACCCCACAAGCCGCCCCGCAUUCCCACGUGCGCCGCCACCUCCAGGUCGCUCACUCCACUUGCCAAGGCACCCUCUACCCGGACCUCUGCGUCUCCACCCUCGCCUCCUUCCCCGACCUCGCCUCCAAGUCCGUCCCGGAGAUCAUCUCCUCCACCGUCAACCUCACCGCCGCCCAGGCCCGGGCCGCCUCCUCCAGCUGCUCCGACCUCCGGUGGCGCCUCGCCGCCAAGCUCGGCCCCCUCGAGCGCCGCGCCCUCGACGACUGCCUCGAGCUCCUCGCCGACACCGUCGGCGAGUUCAGGAAGGCCAUCUCCGACCUCUCCUGCAAGAAUGGCCCAACCGCCCCGGCGGCGCACUUCCACGACCUCCAGACGCUCCUCAGCGGCGCCAUGACGAACCAGUAUACGUGCCUCGACGGCUUUGCGUACAGCAAGCAGAACGUCCGGCACGCCAUCGAGAGGAGCCUCGUCAACAUCUCCCACCACGUCAGCAACUCUCUGGUCAUGCUCAAGAAGCUGCCCGGCGUGAAGGGGAGGCCGUCCGGCUCGCCGGUUGCGGAGGUCUUCCCGGAGUACGGCAGGAUGAGGGACGGGUUUCCUUCGUGGGUGUCGCCCAAGGAUAGGAGGUUGUUGCAGGCUCCGGUGAGCGCGAUAAAGUACAAUGUGACCGUGGCGCAGGAUGGGACGGGAAACUUCACCACCGUCAGUGCGGCGGUGGCCGCCGCUCCAAAUGCCAGCACCACCAGGUUUGUGAUAUACAUAAAGGCGGGGGCCUACUUCGAGAAUGUGGAGGUGGAUAGUAAGAAGCCGAUGAUAAUGUUCUUGGGGGACGGCAUCGGGAAGACGUGGAUCAAGGGCAACCGUAGCGUCGUCGACGGCUGGACCACCUUCCGAUCUGCCACCGUUGCCGCGGUCGGGAGUGGAUUCAUAGCGAAGGGCAUAUCCUUCGAGAACUAUGCCGGUCCGAGCAAGCACCAGGCCGUGGCCUUUCGGAGCGGCUCCGACCUCUCCGCCUUUUACGGUUGCAGCUUCAUUGGCUACCAAGACACACUUUAUGUCCACUCCCUUCGCCAGUUCUAUCGCGAGUGCGACAUCUAUGGCACGAUCGACUUCAUCUUCGGGAACGCGGCCGUGGUCUUCCAGAAUUGCAGCUUGUAUGCACGCAAGCCGAAUGACAACCAGCAGAACAUAUUUACGGCUCAGGGGAGGGAGGACCCCAACCAAAACACGGGGAUCUCGAUCCUUCACUGCAAGGUCGCGGCCGCGGCGGACCUGAUCGCUGUGAAGUCCUCAUUCAAAACGUACCUUGGUCGCCCAUGGAAGGAGUACUCUAGGACGGUCUAUAUGCUGUCGAACAUCGAAGACUUGGUGGACCCUGCCGGGUGGUUGGAGUGGAAUGGGACAUUCGCGUUGAGCACGUUGUACUACGGGGAAUACAUGAACCGAGGGUUGGGUUCAAACACGAGUGCCAGAGUGACAUGGCCUGGUUAUAGAGUCAUUACCAAUGUCACGGAGGCCACUCAGUUCACGGUCGCGCCCUUUAUACAAGGAAAUGACUGGCUCAAUGGUACUACCAUUCCUUAUUAUCCCGGUUUGAAUUGAGAGCCAUAGUAAUUCUUGGACGCAUCGACGUGUCAAUUUAUUUUCAUUAUCUGCUCUCGAAAGGUAUGCAGAUAAGGAAAUUCGCAGAGAUGCUGUGCCCACGGAAAAGGUUCCGUGUCAAUUUGAAAUUCAAUAAAAGAUCAAAUUCACUGAGCA